GUUUUAGUUUUAGUGUUUAGACUCUACGGCAGCUGCGGGUGCAUGUGUGUGGUGUAACAAUGUCAACGUCUGCGUUUCUUGGUUUGUGUGAUCUUCUACUAUGCGAUAUUCUGAUUUGAUUUGAUUUGAUUGGGUUGUCUGUUUGUAUUGGUUGGCCUCAGGUUUGGAGCUUUUCAUUAUCGGAUCAAUGCGGAGAUUGCAGUCCGUAGAUUUCCUCGUUAAAUCUCGUAUGACCGAAAAAAAAUUCCCGACAAUAAAAGUUUUCACCGAUAAAGGAAAUUGCUAGAAGUCAAAAACCGACAAUCAGCCAAAGCCAAAAAAAAAAAGAAUCUGAUUGUUUUUUUUCUAUUUAGAUAACUUGCAACAAACUAGUUUAUGUACUAUCAGUUACUGAUAUAGCUAGAUAUAACCUUCCUAAUUCAAAAGUAUACUUUGCGAUGAGCACCCAAAUGGAUAUCACCCCUUCCCAAUCGAGAUCUAGAUCAAAAUCAAGAACUAGAAACGCAACUAGGUCUAGAUCAAACAGUACCAAUAGAAGAACUCUUCACCCUAGAUCGUUAUCCAGUUCUUCUUUAACCAAACUAGUUAUAACCAACACUGAAAUCGAGGGUGGCGAACGUUCCAUCCCUUCCGUAGAAGCCAAUUUAGACAACUCCUUGCCAUUGGAUUUUUUCAAACAAGAUAUCUUGGCAAUCAUCAAGACGUUAAAGAUUCAUAAAUGGCAUAAACGUCAAUUAUCAAUCGCAAACUUGACCGUUACGAGAAUUUCCGGUGCGUUAACUAAUUCUAUUUACAAGUUGGAAUAUAAAGACGACACACACAACUUGCCAUCGUUGUUAUUAAGAGUCUAUGGUAAAAACGUUGAUGAAUUGAUUGACAGAAACCGUGAACUAGAAACCUUGGUCAAGUUAUCUCAAAAAAGAAUUGGUCCUAGAUUGUUGGGUAUUUUCACCAAUGGUAGAUUUGAACAAUUCUUAGACGGGUUCAACACCUUGAACAAAGAAAGCAUCCGUGAUGAAGUUAUUUCACAAAUGUUGGGUAGAAGAAUGAAAGAUUUGCAUUACAAGAUCGAAUUGGAUGACAAGGACCUCGGACCUAUGCCCGCCUGUUGGAACUUGAUUGAAAAGUGGUUGAAGAUUUUUGAAAAUGAUUAUUUGCCGGGAUAUGCUGCUGCCAACAAGGACGUACAAGAUAUCUUCUGGGUGGACUUCCAAUCUUUUAAGCAAAUUGUUCUGAAGUACAAGUCGUGGUUAUUCGAAAAGUAUGAACAAACUGACUUUUCUUCCAAUUAUAAAUUCUGCCACAACGACACUCAAUAUGGUAAUUUGUUAUUGCAUGAGUCUUUCAACAAAGAUGACAUCAUUAUGAGCACCCCAUUAUCUUCCGCUGCAACCUCCUUGUCGUCAUUUGAAGAGACUGCGGCAAAGUCUACUUCCAACAAGAAAGAUUCAAGUUUGGUUGUGAUUGAUUUUGAAUAUUCGGCAGCAAACUUCCCAGCAUUUGACAUUGUCAACCAUUUCUCAGAAUGGAUGAGUGAUUAUUACCAUGAAGAAAAACCUUAUUACAUUUUCAACGAAAACUAUCCAACCAGAGCUGAACAAAUAAACUUGAUUAGAUCAUACGUUGAGUAUGAUUUCCAAUUCCCAAGUUCCAGUCUCAAAACCAGCAAGACAAUUGAACAAUUAAUUAAUGAACCUUCAUCUAAUCUUUUACAAUUUGAAGUUGAGAAAAUGUACAAUGAGUGUAUUUUAUGGAGAGCUUCUGUUCAAAUUUACUGGUGCCUUUGGGGGUUAAUCCAAAACGGACCAAUCAAGCCAGUGACUACUGGUAAAUCGGAGGAAAAAGGUAUCGAUUCUACUUAUAGCAUUACUACCGAUAUGGAAAAUCUUACAGUUGAAGAAGCCAGUGAAGAAGAAUCGAUUGCUUCCAGUGAUGAUGAAUUUGAUUAUUUGAAGUAUGCAAAUCAAAAGGUUGCUUUGGUCAUGGGAGAUUUAAUCCAAUUUGGUUUACUUCAAAAGAGUGAAAUCCCUGAUGCUCAUUGGAAUGAAAUUAAGUACCUUGACACUGCAGCCUUUAACUUAUAGAAAUAGAGAUUAUCUUAUACAUAGAAAUUAUAAAUAUUAAACAGUUUAGU